AGCACUGAGCUAUACUCGGUGCUGAAAAGACGUAGCAAAAAAAAAAAAAAUACUCUCCUGCCGACUGUUGCUUUCCUACCCACGGAAGAGUCCCACUGUGCUUUCUUUUCUUUUGCCGAACCACAGCACGAAUAUUUAACAAGCAGAAGAGAGCCAGGUGUCGCUUUUUAGAAGGACAAUGGGGCACUUCCCUCUCCUGGGGCACAAGCCCCUUGUGCGCAAGAGUAAACCUUUAAGAUGUCUCUCGCCAAUAGAAAGCAAGUGAGCACUUCAGCACUGAGAAAAAUCGCUGCCGACAUGAGUAACUUAAUCGAAAGUCUUGACUCAAGGGAGCUGCAUUUUGAAGGGGAAGAAUUGGAUAGUGAUGUGGUACACGAUCCAAAAGCUCCUGUGGGCAUUCCAUUCUCAGCCAUUUAUAACACUAAAGGAUUUAAAGAGCCUCACGUGCAGCUCUACCUAACCGGGUGUCCCAUUCGAGUACGGGUUCUAGAAGUGGAGCGUUUUACGUCAACAACCAAGGUGCCAAGUCCACGUGUUUACACCAUUGAGCUGACCCAUGCAGAGUUUACAUGGCAAGUGAAAAGGAAAUACAAGCAUUUUCAGGAGCUGCAUAGAGAACUCCUUCGAUACAAAGCUUUUAUCCGAAUUCCCAUCCCAACACGGAGACACACUGUGCGGAGACAGACUGUCAAAAGGGGAGAAGCAAGACAAAUGCCGAGUCUUCCACGCACCUCUGAAAACAUGGUCAGAGAAGAUCAUCUCUCCAGUAGAAGAAAACAACUGGAAGAUUAUCUCACAAAUCUCUUAAAAAUGCCCCUGUACAGGAAUUAUCAUGGAACAAUGGAAUUCCUUGGUGUAAGUCAACUGUCAUUCAUCCAUGAUCUGGGACCUAAAGGCAUAGAGGGUAUGAUUAUGAAGAGGUCUGGAGGACACCGAAUUCCUGGCUUAAAUUGUUGUGGGCAAGGAAGGCUAUGCUACCGAUGGUCAAAAAGGUGGUUAGUGGUAAAAGAAUCUUUCUUAUUGUAUAUGAAGCCAGACAGUGGAGCUAUUUCUUUCGUCCUCCUAGUUGAUAAAGAAUUCAGCAUAAAGAUUGGCAAGAAGGAGACAGAAACUAAAUAUGGGUUACGGAUUGAUAAUCUUUCCAGGUCACUGAUUUUGAAAUGCAACAGCUACAGACAUGCUCUCUGGUGGGGCCAAGGAAUAGAAGAAUUCAUUCAGAAAAAUGGCAAGAACUUCCUCAAACAUCACAGAUUCGGUUCCUACGCAGCCAUCCAGGAGAAUACAUUAGCCAAGUGGUAUGUCAAUGCCAAGGGGUACUUUGAAGAUGUAGCAAAUGCCAUGGAAGCUGCCAAGGAAGAGAUUUUCAUCACAGAUUGGUGGCUGAGCCCUGAAAUAUUUAUGAAGCGGCCUGUGGUGGAAGGGAAUCGCUGGAGAUUGGACUGCAUUUUGAGGCGGAAGGCUCUACAAGGAGUGAAAAUCUUUGUGAUGCUCUACAAAGAAGUAGAACUUGCUCUGGGUAUCAACAGUGAAUAUACCAAGAGGACUCUAAUGCGCCUGCAUCCCAAUAUUAAGAGCUGCCAGAAGGCAAGAACAAUUAAAACAAAGGACGACAAUGAGCACCGACUGACAGAUGUGGGCAGCGUGAAACGUAUGACAGCGACCAAAUCUGAGUCUUCAGUGAAUCUUUCUUCUUUAGCUGAAACUGUUCAACCGCCGGUGGAGACUCCAAUAAUCACACCUCUUCAAGGAUGCUGUGACGAUGCCCCAGAAGUUUCAAGAAUGAAAGGAGUAGGAAAACCCAAGAAAUUUGUCAGAUUCAGCAUCUACAGACAGCUCCAUCGACAUACUUUGCAUCGUGCAGAUAGUGUGAGCAGUGUAGACAGUGAUUCCUGUAAAGGCUCAGUUCGCAGUUUGAAGACAGGGGUUGGAGAGCUUCUUGGCGAAACCAGAUUCUGGCACGGAAAAGAUUAUUGCAACUUCGUCUUUAAAGACUGGGUCCAACUGGAUAAACCCUUUGCUGAUUUUAUUGAUCGUUACACCAUGCCAAGGAUGCCAUGGCAUGAUAUUGCCUCUGUAGUCCAUGGCAAAGCUGCACGGGAUGUAGCUCGGCACUUCAUUCAACGCUGGAACUUCACAAAGAUCAUGAAAUCCAAAUACAGGUCCCUUUCAUACCCUUUCUUGCUGCCAAAAUCUCAGCGAACAGCUGAUGAGUUGAACUAUCAAGUCCCUGAGGCUAUGAAUGCCAAAGUGCAGGUGCUUCGCUCUGCUGCUGAUUGGUCUGCCGGUAUUAAGUACCAUGAAGAAUCGAUCCAUUCUGCUUACGUGUGCGUGAUAGAAAACAGCAAACACUACGUCUAUAUAGAGAACCAGUUUUUUAUUAGCUGCGCCGAUGACAAACUUGUGUCGAACCGAAUUGGUGAUGCCAUUGCACACAGAAUUCUCAAGGCUUACAGGGAAAACAAACGAUACCGAGUCUACGUAGUGAUCCCCCUGCUGCCUGGUUUUGAAGGUGAUAUUUCAACAGGAGGAGGCAAUGCUCUCCAGGCCAUUAUGCAUUUUAACUACAGGACCAUGUGCAGAGGAGAAAAUUCAAUCUUGGGACAGCUGAAAGCUGAAAUUGGAGACCAAUGGAUUAAUUACAUUUCAUUCUGUGGACUUCGAAAUUAUGCUGAGCUGGAAGGGAAACUCAUUACGGAACUGAUCUAUGUCCACAGCAAGCUGCUGAUUGCUGAUGACAACACAGUCAUUAUAGGCUCUGCAAACAUCAAUGACAGAAGCAUGUUGGGGAAAAGAGACAGUGAAAUGGCUGUCAUUGUGGAGGAUACCGACAUGGUUGCUUCAGUGAUGGAUGGGGAAGAUUACAAAGCAGGAAGAUUUGCCCAGUCUCUUCGCCUUCAGUGCUUUAGGGUUGUUCUUGGCAGCUCAAUAGAUCUGAAUGAUAUCCAAGAUCCUAUAAGUGACAAAUUCUUUAAAGAAGUGUGGGUUGCAACAGCAGCACGUAACGCCACUAUUUUUGAGAAGGUUUUCCGAUGUCUUCCCAGCGAUGAAGUCAAUAACUUAACUCACCUGCGGGAUUUCAUCAGUAAACCAAAACCUGCAUGCGAGAAUCCCACUAAAGCAGCUGAAGAACUGAAGAAAAUCCAUGGCUUUCUAGUCCAGUUCCCCUUUCGCUUUCUGGAUGAAGAGAAUUUGCUUCCCUCUGUUGGAACAAAAGAAUCCAUGGUGCCCAUGGAGACGUGGACUUAAAGAGAAGUCACUUGAAUUUUUGUUUCUUAGUAAACAAGAUGCAGAUCUGGUUUGGCUUCUGUUUUCACAAGAACCUGUUGUCAUAAGAAGGAAAAGCUGUACCAAUCCAAAAGUGCCUUUUGAUGGUAGGGUUUUAGAGAAAAUAACAGCAGACUAGAGGCAGGGUUGGAAAUAGCAGAUGAUUGAUAAAUUAUGUUCUCAAUGAUAGCAGGGCCAUCCAAGCAACCUGGGAAGACGAUAAUGAAAGAUACUUUCUCUAAAAGUCUACAAUCAUAUGUCAAGACACUUUCCAUAUUCCAUGCAUGCUUACCCUGCAUGUUUGGUUAUCUCAAACAAAAUCUACAAAAUCUUCGUUAUGAGUAACUCGGAUAUCUGCUUAUACUAGCCAUUUUUUAUUCUGGACAAAAAUUGGAAAACUCUGUAACUUAGGUUACUGCUUGUAGAAAUUACCUUUCCAGGCAAAGUGACCUGCAACUACAGUAUCUACUUUAGAAGAAAUCCACACAUAACAGUGACAAUGCCGUCAUUCUUUUGUAGGCUCUUAGUGUUGUUUAUGUCUUUGGAACUCUGGAACUUGUUAAGAUAGAGUAUUUCUUUAUAAUUCCUUUUUAAAUUCUGCGAAUAGUAUAGCAACUACUGAGAAACACUGCCCCUUUGGGCUUAACUGUGAUCUUUCUGGAGUAGGUUAUAGAGGUUUUGCAUAGAUGUUUUUUUUUCCAGUGCAGCAUUUAGCAGGAGAAAUAAUUGGUCCUGCGUGUGUCAUGUUGGAACAGUAUGUGUUGAAGAUUUCUGAAGCAGUACUGGUAAGCUGACAGAUUUGUUUUGUGUCCUUAAUGGCCGAAAAAAGUGUCUUUAUGUAAUGAUUUAGCAAAAAUCUCUUUAUUCUCUUCAAGAGGGACCAAUUAGUUCUUCCCUUCCUGCUCAGAAACACAUGGCCAAAGAAUUCCUUCUUGUAUGCAUAUGGUUCAGUGUUCCAAUAUUUGAGAACAAAGACAAGGGGGGUCAACCUAUUUUCCCAAGCACCAGAAGGCAAAACAAGAAACAAUGGAGAGAAAUUAAUCAAGGAGAGAGGCAACCUAGACUUAAGGAGAAAUUUCCUAAUAGUGAGAACAAUUAACCAGUGGAACGGCUUGCCUUCAGAGGUUGUGGUAUUCCAUCACUGGAGUCUUUUAAAAAGAGACAACCUCUUGUCUGGAAUGGUAUGGGGUCUCCUGCUUGAGCAGCAGGUUGGACAGCAGACCUCCAAGUUCCCUUCCAACUCUGUUAUUCUAUUUUUACUUCCAAACAAUCUAUGAAAUCCUAUGGUAGAGGCUACUCAACAUAAGUUGUUUCAUUAUAGAUUGGUCAGCGCUGUGCUUAUGAGAUUCUUCCCACCAUCACCCCACAAUAGAUGGAUGUAGAGAAAAGAAACAUUUUACUGGACUCUAAAUUCUAGUCUUCGAGUUAUUCAACCCCUGGCAUUUCAAAGUCAAAGAGAUUAAGGUCUUUACCAGAAAUCCCAAGGCGGUUUUUUCAAAUCCAAUGCCCUUCUGUGUUGGGUUCUGAUUCCCUUCAUCUCCAACCAGCACGGCCAAUCAAAAUAAACAAACCCGAGCUUAAUGAGAUAUAAAUUAUUCUCCUGUUUCCAAGUUCCUGUUUCUUAGAAAGUACGUGAGAAACAUAUCUUGUAUUAAAAAGAUAGCAGCAUUUAAGUAAGGAGAGCUCCUCUUUAAGGGAGAUGAGUGGUUUGGAAAUGGAAAACCUAAAUAAAUAAAUUUUAAAAAGUAAACAAAUUAGGCUGACUUAUCAGAAUUUGAGGUAGGCAGGAAAACCGUAGUAAAACUUCAUCCACUUUCUCCAGAUCCUAUCUUGCAAAAAGUUGUCUGAAGCCUUAUAUUGUGAUAUAAGAGCAAGACCACACAGUUGCACUGUAUAUCCUGACUAAUUUGGGACCAUACAUUAACUUCUGGUAUUAUCUUCCUAUGGGUUACAGAUAGUCCUCAGUUAACAGCCACUCACUCAGCAACCACUUGAAGUUAUGACGAUGCUGAAUGAGUGAUGCUUACAACUGGUCCUUGAAGUUCAAGCUGUUGCAGCACUCUGGCAGUCACAUGAUUGCCAUCUGGGCACUUGGCAAUCAUCUUGCACUUUGUAAUGAUUGCAGCAUCCUACAGUGAUAUGAUCACCAUUUGCAAACUUCCCUGCCAGCAAUCUCAAUGGGAAAACUGGCAGGGAGGAUUUUAAUUCUCCCAGGUAGGUAGUUCACACACUCCCCUACCCAAUAGCAGGCCACCCCUGGCUCUGCUGUGCUCAUGCAGUGCCUCGUGAGCGAUUUGAGCUUCCUUCCUUGCCCAGAAGCCGGUACCUCUGCAGGGCUUGUACCAUAUCUUGUUGGCCACCCACACAACCUCCUCACCCAGCAGCCACUUACCAUAUUUUUCGGAGUAUAAGACGCACCUUUUUCCCACCUAAAAGGGGGUGAAAAUUUGGGUGCGUCUUAUACACCAAAUGUAGCCCCGCCUACCCACUGGCCCCCACCCUUUGGCCUCUGCCUCCGAGCAAUUUACCUCCUUGCAGCAAGCAGCAAAAAGAAACAGCCCAUUUCAGCUUCAGCACAGCCUAAUUAGCACAAGUUGAUUGUCCCUUGGAUCGGCCUCCCGACUCUCAGCUGUUUCAGGCUGCAGGGAUUCCCAUUGCCUAUUGCUGCACAGGCUUUUUUUUUUCUUGUGCUAAUCAAGCUAUGCUGAAAAUGCAAGUAAAGCAG